AUGACUGAACAAACUGGUCCAACUGGCACACCAGUCCGCAAGAACAAGCCGAAAAUUCCGGUGGGUAUGAAGUCUCCUGCUGCAGCCAUCUCGUCCAAUCUCUUCACAAGCUUUGAUGAUGCGUAUGAGCAGACUGACUAUCAGGUCUCAUUGAACACCGACUAUCCAGAGAGCCACGGUGAGGGUAUCAUUGCGCAAAAAAUCCAAGACAGCAUCUACGUAUCAACACCUUCUGGCACUGCUGUUGCUCAUAAGCUCAAGAUCAACGUCAUGAAUCUGCUCGAUUUGAAUGAUUAUACCAAUUUCAAUGGCUGUCUUUGCCGUGGAACAGAAACCUUGUGUGCCAACAAAGACAUCUCAUGCUUGUGGGCAACUGCUGUUGCUGGUGAUCCUUCGAGGCACAUCACGUCCAUUCUUAUUGAUUUCCGCUCGCAGAACAUUGCCUGUACCAGCGACAUGAUCAGUGCUCAGCCGAUGGCUCCGACAAAAGACCAGAGAGUCCAAUUCAGACUCCGAGAAGUCAGCGUCUCUACGAAGCAACCUGGUGGUGGUCCUCUCAUGACACAGCUCCAUAUCCCUGGCUUCUUUGAUCUCCGCGUUGUCGAAGAAAGGCCAAGAAUGCUGAAUGCAAUGGAGGAAGAAGAACACACUCUUGCAAAUGCUUUUGCUGGAUGCAGCAUCAAGAGAGUACCAGUUGUGCCGAGCAAACAGACAAGAGUCCAAGCUACUAUGAACGGAUACAGUGGCUUGGGAGCAAGCAGUGGCACUCAGCCCCCCCCGCAGCAGCAGCAGUUUGCUCAGCAGCAGCAGCAGCUUGCUCAACAGCAGCAGCUUGCUCAGCAGCUUGCUCAACAGCAGCAACAGCUUACGGAGCAGAAAGCUCGGCAGAGAGCUGAGCAGUUGAAGGCACAGCAACGUUUGAAACAACAGUACCGUCAAGAGCAAGAACAGCUGCAGCAGCAGAUGCAGCAACAGUAUCUCCAAGAGCAGCAGCAGAUGCAGGAACAGAUGAAGCAAGACAUGUACAAGGCGAUGCAAGAGGAACGCAAUAGGAUGCAGCAGCAGAUGCAGCAGUGGAUGACUGUUCAGCCUGGUGGAUCUGAGGGCUCGAAUGUCGAUUUCGAAUUCCAUACACCCACGGCAGAUGGAACAGCAGGAGCAGAAAGUGUGUACACUUUCCUCACGGAUGACAACAACAUCGAAAACGUCGAGAAGGAACGUCUCAAGCUGUUCAAGCCGACAGUGCAUUCUGCCACUAGUGCUCGAGUCCAGUCUCGUGUAAACAUGUCAAGCUUAAAGCGACAGGCAACAAUUGAUAAGAAGAGAGCUUUUGCAGCAAAGAUGAAUCAGAAAGUCGUCGAUGAUGCUGACUUGACACACACCAAAGGCGGUUCUGGUGACACGUUUACGAGAAUCGAUCAGCUCAUUGAUGAUCUGAACAAUGACAUCAAUCACAGCAUCCACACUGUCAGCUCUGGAGCUUUUACUGAUGAACAAGACGGGUUUUAUGAUAGCAGCACAGUCGAAGCCUGA